UAUUCUCUCGUGCCCGUGUCGUUCGUUUUGUUGCCGAUGUCGGUCGUGAUCAUAGUUGUGCCCGAAACAUAGUUUGGUUUUUAAUUUAUAUAUAUAUAUAUCGCUUUAGUCGUUAUAAGAACAAAACGUCAAAUUUAUUCGGGAUACGACAAAUACUUACCGAGUGGUUAAAUGAUCGUUUUGUUUGCAAUUUAAUUUUCGUUGGUUUUGUUUUGUUUUGGUUAUUGUUGUUUUUUUUUUUUAGAAAAAUUAAUUUUCACCCAGUUAUCGAUAUUCUCAAUCGAUACGAUAUAACUAUAAUAUAUCUUGGAUAAUUAAUAUUGUUUGUGUUAUCAUCGCGCUUUCAAAUGUGGAUUAAUACAUUUACUGGAAACCUGAGAGACACAGAAAAAUGAAUGAUGCAUUCAGAGGCUUUGGUGUGGUUGACGACGGGAAUCGGCGGUCCCCUGUCCAUAGUAUGGCUAUGCUGGGCGAUACUGGUGCUGUGGUUCGGCCGGGGCCAGUGGCGUCCGUCGGAUCCACUUCUCAUAGCGCUACURGCUGAGGCUAUCGCGAAACAGGCGGCCGGCACCGCGGGAUCAGCACUGUCACUGUUUCGGCCCGAUGAGCCAGCGUUGUGCAGCGCGGUGCAGUGGCUGUGGACGGCCGCGCACACGAUGCAAGCCGGCACGCUAGCGUCGCUGGCCCUGAUGGCCGGUCUGAGGCGCAAAAAGCGUACCGUGGCCGCGGGCGGCCGGCCACUAUUGCUCUACCACUUGGCCAGCCUGUCGGUGGUGAGCGCGUGCGUGGGCGCCGCCGCACUUAUUGCCCAGACGGACCCGUGUGCUCCACCUUCCGACCGCCGGUACGCUGUGUUUUCGUUGGUGCUACACGCGUCCCUGGCCGCUGUGGCCGCUGCGUCCGCCGCUUUUGGUUGCGCUGGCCACCGGAAGGGUCCCAACCCACUGCUGGUAAACUCGUCGUCUGACCUGUCGUCGUGCAUGUCCGAAAUAUCCACCGUGUCCAGUUGCAGUAGAGGUGGUAUACGGCACAGCGUCAGCGAUUGCAGCGACCGCACCACGGUGACAUGCACCACAUCGGCCACCGCCACGGGCACCGGUGGUUACCACCGAACCGAUUGUGCGCUGGUUAACGAUCUGCUCCGGUUGCCGUCGGCCGGUAACGCCCCGCCGGUCACGUUCCUCAACGGCGCGCCCAGGGCAUUGAUGCACCACCAGAACGGCGCCGUUGCAGAGGACGACACGCUCCGCAGGAUGGACGAAACAAAGCGGCUCAUCGACUCUGGUACGUUGCUGACGAGCAGCGAUCGGGACAGCUUCGCCGCGUCCACCAUCAGACCGUACCGGUACGGUGGCGGCGGYGGUGGUUUGGGUUCCCGGUAUCAAUUGCCGUCAACCGCGGCGUCCGUGUCUGUUACGUCCACCAACAGCCGUGCCCCGUGCUUGGCCAAACGCGUGUCACUGGUCCAGGACGUCCGCAUUGGCUACGUGGUGGCCAUACUGCUUWUGUGCUACCUUGUCGACCAUUUACCAGUACUGGUGCUGAUGGCUUCCGAACAUUUCAUACCUUCAAAGUUUGUGUUUUCUGCCGAUUACGCUCCUGUGAUAAAAAAUUUACCAAUGCUAGCGGCGUUGGCCGAGGCAUGUCUUUGGCCUGUGGUUUUGCUCCUGUUCGACGACCAGUUCGUUCCUCGGCUGUCAAACUUGUACCGGAGACGAAGCGUUUCGGAUCGGGCUAAGCCCCCUCAAGGCGUUAGGACGAUGAGUGGCCUGCUGUCUUCACCACCACCUCCGCACUUUAUACACUCGGCAACCGAUCCAGCGGUCGGCCACUGUUGUGAAGACGAACAUCACCAUCAGCAACAACAACAACAACUACAACAGCAGCAGCUCCAUCACCGGUCACUGCGGUUCGCCAACAUGGUGACCGCGUCAGCGGCCAUGUCACCGACGACCGCGGACGACUGCAAAACCGUGAUGGACGACUCGACGCCAGCCGACAGCCUGGACGACCAGACGAUUGUGUCAGGUAUCGCGGCCGUAGUCGGUGGCGUUCGAGCGACGGACAACCGAUUGCCACAAAACUUGCAACAGCUCCGCGAAAAGUUGUACGCCCAAGAUGACRACGAUGACGACGACGGCGCAAGUUGUUGCGGCAGUGACAGUGGCCGGAACGCAGCCGUGGACGGCGAAGGACGUCGGGCGGACAGGCCCGAGGAAAUAGCGACCGAAGAAACGACGGCCGACGAUGAGGACGAUUCUUCGGAUGACGGGUGUGACAGACGGGACGAUUGCGACGAUUGCGACGACGAGGGCGGGUACGCCACGUUGUCCGCCCGGAGCGUGUGCUCGGCCACGACRGCGGCCAACGAUGAUUUCGAGUAUUUCGCGGCGUCCGUCGACCGAUCAGGCGGCGGCGGCGGCGGCGGAGGCAGCGGUGAAAACGUCACACCGCCCGUGGCCGACCGGUCACCCGUCGGCGGUCGAGUUCCGUACCAGCGAGCGCCCACUAGACGAGCCAGGCACCACCAGCCUCAGCCACAGCACCACCUGCACCAUCGGCAUCACCAGCACCCGCAGUCUUCACAAUAUCACCACAGAAUCCAAGUGCGCGCCGCAGCACCAGCUCUGCCACCAACUCCGCCGACGCCGCGAAGGCCUAAGGCCCGUCUUACGCCUGUCCUGUCGGUCGACUCACUGGUCGCUGCACAGGCGGCUGCGGAUGCCGCUGCCAACGCCACGGGAUAUCCGAAUGCCGCUCAGCUGUUGCAACAGCAUCACCAUAAGCAGCAGCAGCUUCACCAUCAACAACAGGUGCACCACCAUCACGGUGGCAGACAUCGCGGCGGCUUCGGCGGCAUUGCUGGCAGACGGCUUGGCGGUGGUGGCCGGGGACACCACGGCGGUAGUGUGCCCGACCUGAAACGAGUGUUCAUAACGGAUUUCUUGUAAACUGUGUCGCAUGUCAACGAGUUUUGCUCGAUACUAUCGCUUCGGGACGUGUUCUCAGCGCCCCAUAAUUUCCGUUCAGUUUUCCAGGAAUCUGUUAKCGUUGUAUAAAACGAGAUUUGUCCGUAUGGAAAUCGUUAUUUUUUAUUUUGUUUUUUUAAAACCCAUUAAUUAUUUUUCGUGUAGACGAAUUGAUAUACAAAGUUUGGUGAUAUUUUAUAUUUUAUUAUAUCAUAUGCGUAUACAACACACGAUGACGCUAGGUCAACAUAUUUAAUAUUAUAAAUAUUGUGUAUACUGUAUAAUAUAUAUCCAUAUGCACAUGUCUGAGUCACAUAUUUA